AGGCGCGGCCCUGGUGUGGGCACCAGGCAUGGCAGCUGAGGCGGAGCAGCCGGGGCCACCAGGCGCCCCCCACUCCGAAGACUUUGUCUACAGUGAGGAUGAGUUCAUCCUGCAUGGAGCUGGCUGGAGAAGCGAGCCUGCACCACCGGGCUACAUGCUGUCCCGCUUUGACCGUGCUCUGCAGGAGGGCUGGAAGCACCGGAUGGAGCUGGGCUUGUUUCGGUAUCACCUGGGGGAGCUGGAGACCCGCGUCCUGCCUGGCCCCAUGCAGCUGGUGGCCCAGCUCAAUGUGCAGAGGGGCACGGAGAAGAGGAAGUCGCAGGCCAUCCACAGCGUCACGCAGCCCUUCAACCCUCAGGAGUUCAACUUCACCCAGAUCCGCCCCGGCGAGGUUUUGUUCCGCAUGCGCAGGUCACCUGCCUGCCCGCCAGCUGCGGGCUGCCCCCAGCUCGACUACGUUCUGGUGGUAAUCAACGUGAGCCCCUUGGAGCUGGGCCACGUGCUCCUCCUGCCGGAGCCCACGCUGCACCUGCCCCAGGUCCUCACCCCCGAGCUGCUCCGCUUCGGCCUGGACGCGGUGCUGCUCAGCGCCCACCCCGGCUUCCGUGUGGGCUUCAACAGCCUGGGGGCCUUCGCCUCGGUCAACCACCUCCACCUGCACGGCUUCUACCUGGGCUGGCCGCUGCUGGUGGAGUCCGCGCCCGCGGAGCCCCUCAGCCCAGCACCGGGCCUCUUCUUCCUGCGCGGCGUCCCGGCCCCGGGCUUCCUCUUCUACAGCCAGGGCGCGGGCCUGGACGCCCUGGCGCGCGACGUCUGCCGCGCCGCCGACCACCUGCUGCGCCGCGGGGUGGCCUACAACGUGCUGGUGACGCGGGGCGAGCCGCCGCGGGGCGAGCCGCCGCGGGCCGGCGGGGCCCGUGCGGGGCUGCGGGUGCUGCUGUGGGCGCGCCGGGCCGCGCUGGGCCCCGGGGCGCAGGCGGCGCUGCCCGUGGCGCUCUGCGAGCUGGCCGGCCACCUGCCCGUGGCGGCUGCCCCCGCCUUCCGCGGCCUCACCGAGGCCGAGGCCCUGGGCGCCAUCCGCCAGCACCUGCUGCCGGAGCCGCAGCUGGAGCAGCUGCGCGGGGACCUGGCGCGGCUGCUCGCGCCGUGACGC